AUAGCGUGAGUCUCUCCCUCCUGUCUCAAAUUACAAAUUGGAAUCACAUUUAUAGGCUGCCACUACCAAAACUCCCUCACCAGUCUGUGGAAAACAACAACCAACCAUGUUUCAACAACUUUCCCAAACCGUCGAACCUGCUUUCUUACGCAAGAAGAGAAAAGUGACCUCAGGGUUUCAUCGGACAUGUCGUCUGGACACAGAAAAUGCGCACAGUGUUCUCCAUGUUCUUGGCACCGCUAUGGAGGCGAACCUGUUCAGGAGUGCCCCUCCCAACUCCAAGUUCUUCUCUGUGAAGUGCACUUCCAAUGUUCAGUACAGCAUCACGCCCCCGCCCCAGGAGACAUCCCACCUCGCUCCCAUACCUCUCAAUGGAAACUCAGUACUACUCAUCAGCAUGAGCCAGGCCAGUCAAUAUGAAAAUGAUAGCAAGUUGUCUGUCAGGUACUAUGGGGAGAAUAAAGAGGUGUUGGGAAAAGCAGUCCUGCAUCUGACAGCUGUUGAGAUCUCUCUGGAUGUGGAUGCUGACAGAGAUAAUGUUGUGGAGAAAAACAACCCUAAUAAGGGUUCCUGGAAAUGGGGCUCUAAUGGGCAUGGAGCCAUCCUACUGGUCAACUGUGACUCAGAGCGGAAAUACUGGAAGAAACCGGACAGUGAGGAGAACUUUGUCUCCAAAGUGUCAGAUCUGAAGGACAUGUCUGUCAUGGUGCUGCGGACCAGAGGCCCCGUUAAGCUCCCAGAGGGUUACAAGCUCACUAUGCACAUCUCUCAGGGCGACGCAGAGAGUGUCAGAGUCUUCAGGUCCAGAUCCUCUGAUAAGGCGACUAAUUCCCUGCAAGGGAAACUCUAUAACUACUUUGUGAAGGACUAUCCACUGGUUCUGAGCAGUGAGGUUCUGUCCCAGGAAGUGCCUUACAUCGGAGGCAGAGCAGAGAUGAACUUUUAUGUGGAAGGCCUCAGGUUUCCUGACAAAGACUUUGAUGGGCUCAUUAGCAUCAACCUCAGUCUGUUGGAGCCCAUCAGUGAAGGCCUCCCUGAGACGCCCAUUUUCACUGACAAAGUUGUGUUCAGAGUGGCACCGUGGAUCAUGACACCCAACACCCUUAAUCCUGUAGAGGUGUUUGUCUGCAGCACAUCUGAUAACUACCAGUUCCUUAAAGGAAUGAAGAAUCUUGUUACAAAGAGCGGGUACAAGCUCAAGAUUUGCCAUGAGUAUGUGAACAGAGGAGAUCGCUGGAUGCAGGAUGAGCUGGAGUUUGGCUACAUCGACUCACCUCAUCAACGAUUUCCUGUUGUUCUGGAUUCCCCUCGAGAUGGAAAACUCCUGGACUUUCCAUAUAAUGAGCUACUGGGCCCCGACUUUGGCUAUGUGACGAGGGUGGCCGAGAGAAAGGAUGUGAGCAGUCUGGACUCAUUCGGUAAUCUGGAGGUUAGUCCUCCCGUCACUGUGAAUGGAAAAAACUACCCCCUGGGCAGAAUCCUCAUCGGAGUGGCCUUCCCUACGGCAACUAAAGGACGGAACAUGACCAAAGUAGUUCAAGACUUCUUGUGGGCUCAGAAGGUUCAGGAGCCCAUCGCCUUAUUUUCUGACUGGCUCCUUGUCGGCCACAUUGAUGAAUUCAUGACCUUUGUUCCUGCACCUGACAGAAAGGGCUUCCGGCUGCUGCUGGCCAGCCCAGACGCAGGCUACAAACUAUUCAGAGGCUUACAGAAGGAUGGACACGGACAAGCCAAACUGUUUGAGGGUCUGAAAGAUGAAGAGCCGAUAACAGUGGAUGAUAUACUCAGUCAUGACAGUUUCCAAGCUGAAAAUAACUAUGUGCAGAGCUGCAUCGACUGGAACAGGGAUGUCCUGAAGAGAGAGCUGGGCCUCGACGAAGAUGACAUCAUUGACCUGCCAAUCCUCUUUAAAUUGGAGGUGGAGGAGGACAAGACGUACAGAGCAGUGGCUUUCUACCCUGACAUGGUAAACAUGAUCGUCUUGGGGAAAAACCUCGGCAUCCCAAAGCCCUUCGGUCCCAAGGUGAAUGGACGCUGUGCCCUGGAGGCUGAGAUGUGCUGCCUGAUGGAGGGCCUGGGCCUCAGCUGCACGUUCAUCGACGACUUUGCCUCCUACCACAAACUGCUGGGAGAGGUGCACUGCGGCUCCAACGUCCUCAGGGAACCGUUUGCCUUCAAGUGGUGGAACCUGGAGAUGUGAAUGGAAACCGAACAGUGGGUAGAGAUGGCAUGUUGAGGCAGAAAGAUGGGUUGUUUCUGAAACAAUUUUCACGCCAAAAAAAAGGGCACCUUGGGUUAGCUUUAAGUUGGAUAUUUCUCUUGUCAAAGCCUUACAUUAUCUCUCUGCCUUAAAAUCAUGAAAUGCUUAAUUUUCUUAUCAAUCAUUUUGGAAUAUGUGCCUUUUUCUCCCAAAUAAUGUAUGCCUCAUUUACAUGCAAAAACACUUGCACAGGGGUUUGGUCUAUUGUAUGCGUCUUCAUCUUUAUUAAACAUUUUUGUUGGCUUUAUUUACAAAAAAGGAUGAAAAGCAAUAUUUACAAACAAGUCUUUUGAACAAGGGCUUAAGCAGACUCUUUACAAGAACAAAAAUACAAUCAUUUGAAUUGAGUACAUAGAGGAUUCGCUCCCAAUCUUGUUGUGGUUUAGACCGGCUGUUGGCAUACAGUGCAAGCACAGUUAGAUGAAUGGUACCACAUAGUGAUGUGCUAUAAUAAUACAGAGCCACAAGAGGGCGUACUUUAACCACUCAAGCAUUUCCAAAGUCCAGAGGAAAAUCAUUUUAAAUGAUCUUUCCAUAAAUCAAUUUAAAAGGCUGUACAAUACACACACAAAUGUGUAAUAAUUACAGAAAAAGCUCUUUCUAUAUUUUUUUCCUAUGCAAUUUUUCAAAUGCAAAAAGUUACUUUGUUCUUAUUUGUAGCUAUAAACAGCUUGGUGAAUGCAGUAUAGAGGCUGUUUUGCUUUUGGUCCAGUGUCUUAAAACUUUUGUACUUUAACAAACUGUAAAUUCUGUCAUUAAUUCACUAUAGACAAUAAAACUCAUGUCCGCUUCAGUCACAUCACUGAAAUAAAACAA